AUGGGGUACCAUUUCCAUUCAUCUGCUAAAGAACGACUUCAAUUUUUUCUAAGAUUUGUGGCGAAAAGUGCGAUGAAUGAUGAUGGAUUGAUCACGACCAACUUAGAUGUGUAUGGUGAAGAAGAGCCAUGGGGGAUUUACAGUCAGGGAGUACCCACUGGAGGAUUAGAAGCUGAUGAUGACGACUAUAGCUAUCGUUACUUCAUCACAAAGAAAAACAACAACAAUGGCAAUUGGAAACAACAAGGCGAGGAAAUCCCGAUUUUCUUCAAAAUAGGGAAUGUAUCAACAUCACUUGUUAUGGGAACUAAGAAGAAGAUGCAUUAUGUUCAUGAAUUUGGACAUUGGAUCAUGAAGCAGUAUAAACUCUCUCCGCUGGGAUUCCUGCAUCUCUACCCAAUUAUUGUGGAGGAGCAGAGUUUGUAG